AUGGCAUCAGCUACUCCUUCACCUCUUGCCAGUUCUGUAGAGAAGACAAAUGGAGCCAAGAUCAGCCGACUUCUCAUCGAUGGUGGAACAACAGUUCUUAGGAGCAUUUUCAAUGGAUAUCAUCCCCCAGCAAGUCUUUCAGCCGUGCUGAAUACAAACUAUUUAACUCUUCAAAAUCUGUUGAGAAGAAGGAUCCUACACAAACCUCAAUGGGAUCUAUUGUUUCCUCCAAGCAGUGCUCCUCCAGACUCCCAAACAUUCGAUAUCACUCUUUUAUUCCUCCUGUUAACCAACAUUUGUGGUCUCUACCCACCCCACUCUGGGUGGCACAACAAACCACCUCCAAGUGACAACUCCCUUGAAGCAAAUCUUGCUCGCAUAAAGUUUUACCGCAAUGAAUUGUAUGGCCAUGUUACCACAACUGGUAUUGCUGAUCCAACUUUCUCAACUCUGUGGCAGGAGAUCAGUGUUGUUCUUGUUGCUCUCGGCUUGCAGCAGGCAGAAAUUGACAGAUUGAAGGUUGAGCGUUGUGGAGAGCAGGAGUACCUUGAUGCGUUGCACAAGUGGGCUGAUUCUGAUGCAGAUAUAAAAUCACAGCUGAAGGACAUACGGGAUAUUGACACCAAAGUGCUGCAAACUGUUGAUGAAAAUAAAGCAAAGCUGGAUGAAGUUCAUCAGUUACAGAAGAACUUGCAAGAAUCUGUGCAGAGCCAACAGCAAGACACCAUUCACAAUUUGAAUAAAGAGAAGGAGAGGAUCAGGGAUGACGAAGUCCUUGCGAAACUAGCAAACGUGGAUAAUUUAAGUGAAAUUAGAAGCCAUGCAAGCAGAUAUGUUGAGGGAACUCGGUUAUCGAUCAUUGCAGCAGUUGAGAGAUGGUUAGACGACAAAAGUUCUCCAAAUAGAGUGGUUGUUAUUAGUGGAAAUGCGGGGAUGGGAAAGUCUGUAAUCUCAGCUGUCUUGUGCCGAAAGAUGUUAGAGGCUGGAAGAUUGUCAGGGAGCCACUUCUGUCGGCAUAACAAGGCACGCCGGAGAAAUCCCAAAGUGAUGCUGCAGUCGUUAGCCUGUCAGCUUUCAGACUCGCUUCCAGAGUACAGGAAGGCUCUCGUGAAGAAGUUGUCGAGAAAUCUGGGCGUUGAAAUUGGAGACAUGGAAGUGGAAGAACUGUUUGAAUUCUUGUUUAAAGAACCUCUUUCAGAUUUGAAAGAUCCAGACUCUAUCCAUCUCAUGGUUAUAGAUGGCUUAGACGAAAGUGAAUACCAGGGGCGUAAUGAGCUUUUAAAUGUGAUUGCAGAUUACUUUAAGACGCUUCCGUGUUGGAUACGAUUUGUGGUAACAACGCGACCUGAAAUGAACAUCUCAGAGAAGAUUCAAGACUUAAAUCCCAUACAGCUGAACCCAAACGAUCAAGAAAACUUGAUGGACGUUAGGCUUUGCUUUCAAGAGCAACUGGAACAUGUUCUGCAAUCUGAUUGUCAAGAUACCAUCUUAGAGAAGCUCGUUGAAAAGUCAGAAGGAGUCAUGUUAUAUACCUAUUACCUGACAGAGUUCAUUAAGAAGAAUGCUGUACGUAUGAAUGCUGCUGAAGUGAUCAACAGCGACUUGCCAUCAGGUAUUUCGUCCGUUUAUCAAGACUACUUCAAACGCCUGAAAAAUGAAAUGCAGAAAGAACUAGGUAUCACCGAAGAGCAAUUCUUUGAUCUUUUAAAUGCCAUGGUGGCAGCAAGAGAACCAUUACCUGUCGAGUUUGUCUACAAGUUGUUCCUUUCAAAAGAAUGGUCAUCGGCUGAUGAGCAAAAAGUACGAGACGCAGUUGAUUGUAUCUCGGCUCUUCUACCCAUUGAGGGCGAGUGCAUUGACUUCUUUCACAAGUCAGUCAAGGACUGGUUGGUCGAGGAGUCUACUUCGAGGCAAAAGAAGUUUAUUGUUAGCGGAAAAGAAUGUCAUCGCGUCAUUGCAAAGCUUUGCAGAGAUGAACUAGAUGAAUUGAAACUUAAAGGGAUCCAGAGUUCAACACUGAAACAGACGUCGAGGUAUGCCUUGCAGCAUGGUGUUCAGCAUAUACUUGAGGUAGAAGAGAAUGCUCGUCCAUGUAGCCUGGACGACAUUGUAAAGAAUUAUGUUUUGGACCUAGAAUUGGUCUAUGCAAAGCUAACUGUGAAGAGUACAGCAGCCACUGAAGAUGUUCUUUGCGUACAAGAGAAGGAAAAUACAAAUGGUUUGUCAAAGAAUUGCAGAGAAGCCCUGGAGACGUUAUUGUUGCUGUUGUGGAAGCAUUUAAGUACUCUUUCAAAACUUCCUCAUGCCAUCUUUCAAAUCUUGUUGAAUGAAGGAGGACGUGAACUGUCUGCGGAGGCAUUAAGCUUGCUAAACACCAAGUAUGCGGACUUACCAUACAUGGAAUAUUUGCGAAAGAAGGAGGAAAGAACAGAUGUUCUACUGCGGUUUUCUGCCUCAGAUAAGGUGAUCUCCUUUGAUGUCUCACCAAAUCAGGACUACCUGGUAUGCGAGUGUUGGAAGCACACAAUUCAUCUGUGGUCGCUCCGUACUGGCCAGCUUAUGUGGACACGCUCUGCGCUGGUAUCAAACAAUGAUUUUCAGGAUUACCAAGGGAAAGCAUGGGAUUUCCUUUUCCCAUUUUACCAGUCAGUAGUUUUCCAUCCAACCUUAGACCUGAUCUUACAUGGGACUCUGUGUCAGCGCUAUACCUUGGUCGGAGACGUGAAACCUCUUUUCCGUUCGAGCGAGUGCCGGUUCCGAGUUUGUUCAAUAUCUGGUGACAAAACCACGAUGCUGACUGACUGUCUGGACAGGAGGAAUUGCGUCAUCCAGUGGAGUCUAAAAGAUGGAAAUGAAAUUAGUUGUUUUACACACAAAUGCGAAAUUUUAUCUUUUGCUUGGUCUGCUAGUGGAAGACGGAUGGUGAUCGUCGAUUCUGACAAGUGCGCAUACCUCAUUGACAUGAAUGAUGGAGUUGAGACUCUAAUGUGUGCUUCAGUUCGGUCACGAUAUGUUAAGUUAACUCCUGACGGCCGGUUUUUUUUCUGUUUACUUGAGGAUGAACGUCAUUGGUAUUCGAAGCCCAAGCUUUUUUGUUUAGAUAUUGACAGGAACACUAAGUCAAUGUAUAGUUCGGAUUGCAUUUUUGGGACGAGUUCCUACCAGUACGCCUCAGAAUUUGAAACUUGCAAUGAAAGUGGUUUCUUAUCAGGAGAUCCCUUUUGGUAUCUAUCUGGAGGAAAAUUCACAUCUGUGGAUUUUGCACUUGUACUAGAAAAGCAGAUGUUACUAAGAGUUUCCCCUCACAGUGAAGUGAUUGAAAUGUGUCGCCUUAAUGACGUAAGGGAGUGGAGAGGUGAGAGAACCGAAAAUAACGAUCUAACGGAACAUAACCUACCAGAAAUCAACGAUAUGCUGGAACAGAUAGCUGAAAUCGAUGUUCUGUCAGGACUGAUAGCUGACGUUGCUGAUCCAUCAGAACAGAGAGCUGAACUCGAUGAUCAGGAACAACAGGAACCUCUACUUGAGGACAUGGAGGAAAACGGUUUUGUUGGAUAUGAUCUCUUUUUAACAGGUUUUGACGUUCAUUUCUCUGUUGAUGGUGACUCUCUUUAUACCGUGGAAGGUACAAGGAUCCAGCGAAUAAAUCUUGUGGCUGGCGAUGUUUUAAGUAAAAGGAUCAGAAAAAUGGAAUAUAUGAUUCUUGCACCUGUUGUGUCUGUACGUGUUGUGCCCGUCAAAAGAGGUGUCCUAUUUCGAACAGGUAGUGGCUCGCUUGAGUUGUGGAACCCUGAGUUGUCUGUUUGCAUGAAAAGGUGGACUGAGUUUUCUGUCGAUGAUGUUGUACCCUUAUCAGAGGAACGAGUCACCUUGAAAACGAAAUAUUACUUUGAUGACAGAUGGGAAGUCACCAUUCUAGAUACAACGAGUGAACAAAUUGUGUCAAAGAUUGGAAAUUUUGAUGGUCUUUUUUUGGCAUGUAAUAAUAAAUGGGAAGUGCUAACCACCACUGAUGGAGAGUCACUGCAGCUGUGGCGUGAAAACCGAGUGCUAUGGGAAACUUCUGUUCAGGAGGAUCUACUCAGCUGUCACAAAAGGGUUUUAUUUUCUCCUACUGAAGAAAACGUCGUCAUUUAUGGUGCACCUGGCUCUUACGUCCUCGACGCAGUUUCGGGAAAAGUGAUUCGUCAAUUGGAGAACAUGGCUGUAGCUGAUAUUAAGUUUAUCAGUAACGAGGACUGCGUUGUAGGCUUGAAUGAUCCAAGAGGUUUGUGUCUUCGAUUAUACAACGUUAAAUCUGGUGAUCUCCUUAGUGAAAUUGUAGAGCAACGACAAUUUCAAAGUCUUGCAGUUUGUCCUCAUAAGCGCUUGGUCGCAAUUGGUAGCUUUAGACACUCCAAGUACCAUUUUGAAAUCAUUCAAGCGAAGCUGCCAGGUGACAAAGAAAAGACAAACAUCGAAAGGUUGAACCUCCCAGAGUAAGACAUCUACAGAGAUUUACAGUUUCGUUGCUGAAUGGGAAAGACAUUGUCAGAAAGGCUGUAUUCCGCUGAUUCCUUUGGAUUCGAGUGGUUACGAUCUUCUAGUCCCGACAUCUGAACAGGAGAGACCGCUGAUCAAGAUUGGAGCGAGUACAAGAAUGAUUUUAGUGACAAAGCUGUUCAAGGUUUUAAAUUAUAUUUUUUUUGUAGAGACUUCAUGAACAUUUUUAACUGUUCCCAGCGUCAACUUAAGACAAACAUUUAACCCUGUAACUCCCAUGAGUGACCAAGACAGAAUUUCUCCUUACAAAAUCAAUAGAAUAUCAACCAGAUAAGUUAUGAGAAUAAAGAAAAAUCUCAAUUUGGGGAUAAUUUGUUGAUCCAAUACUAAAUUCCCUGAACUAACUUUUUAAAAAUUUUAUGUUUGACUGUAAGGAGAAUUACAAAUUUGAUCUGGGAGUUAAAGGGUUAACGAUCUAUCUUAUUGCUCUUGUGGU